AUUACUCUCUCUCUCUCUCUCUCUCUCUCUCUCUCUCACAUACAGAACCCAACACAACACACAGAAAGAUUUGAGCUUUCAGGUCAGUUUUAGGAGGGAAAAUUCCAAAUUCCAAAACCCAAAACCCAAAACCCCAUUUGAUUAGAGCAAACAAAGAGAGAGAAGGGCCAAGGCAACAAAAGCCUAAAGAUUUAUAAAGCCAUUGAAGUGUUUGAAGUUUGAAGAGAAUUUCGACCCCAAAAAAAAAAGAAGUCUGAAGAGAGCGAGAGAGAAAACCAGAGAAAAAAAUGUUUGCAGCAGAAAAUGGACUCAAAGGAGACCCAAGGCUCCAAGCCAUAUCUGAAGCCAUCAGGGUUGUGCCUCACUUUCCAAAACCAGGAAUAAUGUUUCAAGACAUAACAACAUUGUUGCUUGAUCACAAGGCCUUCAAGCAUACUGUCGACAUUUUUGUUGAUCGCUACAGAGACAUGGACAUCUCUGUUGUUGCUGGAGUGGAAGCCAGAGGGUUCAUGUUUGGUCCUUCGAUUGCCUUAGCUAUUGGCGCCAAGUUUGUCCCUUUACGUAAACCUAGAAAGUUGCCGGGAGAAGUAAUUUCAGAAGCAUAUGAGCUUGAGUAUGGGACUGAUUGCCUGGAGAUGCAUGUUGGUGCUGUUCAGCCUGGUGAACGUGCAUUGAUAAUUGAUGAUUUAAUAGCUACAGGUGGGACCUUGUCAGCAGCAAUAACACUUUUGGAACGUGUAGGGGCUGAAGUGGUCGAAUGUGGAUGCGUUAUUGGUUUGCCUGAGGUUAAGUGCUAUGCAGUUGAGCUGCUCUUGAUGAUUGUGACCUUUCAGGGACAGUGCAGGCUUAAUGGAAAGCCACUUUAUAUCCUUGUGGAGCCACGCGAGAUAGAUAACUGUUGUUGAGAUCUGGUUUAGUUCUGCUUGGGCUGACUGCAGAAACAAUGAUGCUUGACUUUGAGCAAAAGAGGCCAUGAAUGUCUUGGGUGACUGAGUUCUGCUGCACAAAGCUCAUUGCGUCGCCUGCAUCUCUUGUAGAUUGCUGUGUAACAUUAGCCAUUUCGAACAAAAUUCAUGAACAAAUGUUGUUUUGAGAGAUUGAUUUAUUCUUAUUCAAAUGGGAAACCUUUGUUGCUGCAUUAUGCAAUUUUUUUUUUUCCUUUUUAAUGAAAAAUUAUACGUCUGCUAUUUUGUUUU